CCCACUAGUUUCUUCGCUUAAAAUAUCUUUAGAGAGUAAAUACAUUAUGAAUAUCUGAAGAGGCAAAGACUGUGUAUUGAGAGAUAAGAAUUUUACAGAGAUGGCAGCAGCUUAUGCGGCUUUAGUUUCUCUCACUCAUACUCUUAAUCAGAUCCUCCACCCUCCUCCUGCCCUUCAUAUCAUUUUUGAUACAGAUCAAAUUGUAUCUCUACGACAAAAAGCCGACUUUUUCGUAGAUUUUCUCGAAAAUCACUCAAGUACCGAAGGCGACAAACGGAUAGAAGACUUGCAGAAGAGGAUCGGCGAUGCAGCUUAUGCAGCAGAAUAUAUCAUUGAAUUCAAUGUGCGCAACCAAAUUCUUGCUGGAUCUGCUUUUGAUAGGGAAGAAACCUCUAAUCUCUUGUUUGAAGGUGUACAUACUUCAAUACAAGAGUUCCUUUUCAUUGAGAAAGAGUUGGUGGAAUUCAAGAAAGAUCAUGUGCAACAUAAAAACUCCACAAGUACUACAGAAGCUAGUUCAUCAUCAUCAUCAUCAUCAUCAUCAUCAUCAUCAUCAUCAUCAUCAUCAAGGCCUCUUCUUCCUAUUGGAGAAAACACCAUGGUGGGAUUCGAUGACCACAUGGAUGAAAUUAUGGGCGCUCUCUCCACCAACGAAUCUAAUCUUCGGAUCAUCUCUAUUGUUGGAAUGGGAGGCAUAGGUAAGACUACUCUUGCCACUAAUGUUUAUAACAAUCCCUUUAUUGUGGAAAUGUUUGGGAUUCGUGCUUGGUUUACGGUCUCCCAGGAAUAUACCGAGGAGAUUCUUCUAGGCCUUUUGCAUCAGAUCAAUAAUACAGAUCGAAAUGCACAUGACAUGAUAGAUGAUGAUGAACUUGGAGAUAAAUUGUACAAAACUCUAUUUGGGAGGAAGUAUUUACUAGUAAUGGAUGACAUGUGGGAUAUCAAAGCCUGGGAUAUGGUAAAAAGGUUCCUUCCUGAUAAUAAUAAUGGAAGUCGAAUCUUGGUAACUACUAGGCUAUUGAAGUUGGCUGCAGAUCUUGGAUCUUGUUGCCCUUAUCAAUUGAGUUUUCUAGAUGAAGCACAAAGUUGGGAUCUACUCCGCCAAAAUAUAUUUGCAGAAGGACGUUGCCCCAUUGAAUUGGAGGGAAUUGGAAAAAGUAUUGCGAAAAAAUGCAGAGGCCUUCCAUUGGCCCUUGUUGUGAUUGGUGGGCUUCUUGCAAAGUCCAAAGCAGAACAUUGGAAAUAUGUUGAAGAAGAUGUAACCUCAGCAGUAUACAACCAAGAUGAGGAGUUCUGCAUGAAGAUAUUAUCUUUGAGUUAUAAUCGCUUGCCUAUAUAUCUCAAGCCUUGUUUCCUUUACUUUGCCGUGUUCCCAGAAGAUUAUACUAUCGAAGUGCCCAGGCUGCUCAAGUUGUGGGUUGCUGAAGGAUUUAUUAGGCAGUGUGGUCAUAAAAGCUUAGAAGACAUUGGAAGAGAGUAUUUGGAGGAUCUUAUAGAUAGAAAUCUCAUUUUGGUAAACUCGCGAUUGAUUAUUGGAGAACUGAUAUAUUGCUGUAUUCAUGACCUUUUAAGUGACCUAAGCAGGAGAGAAGCUCAGAAAGAAAAUUUUGUUCUCAGUGGAAAGCUUUAUAACCAUCUCGAUAUUUUAUCAAAUACGGAGAUCAGACCAACACGGCUAAGCAUUAACGGUGGCAGAUGGAAAGGGACAAAACUUAUGCCCUAUAGAUCACUUGUACCUACUCGGUCUUUCUUAAGCUUCUCUAAGGGGGAUUUAACUGAUUACAGUGCUCAUCAGUUUCCGUUACUACGGGUAUUGAAUGUGGUUGAUAGAUAUCCUAAACAUGAUGUUCUACAGCUAAUUAACUCAAGAUAUGUUUCUUGCAUGGGUCCCAUGAUGUUGAUGUCGUCUUCUACAUUAUCCCGAUUGUGGGGUCUACAAACCAUAGUUGUUGAGGGAAAGUUGAUUCUACCUAUUGAGAUAUGGCAGAUGCCCCAACUUCGACAUAUUGAGGGCAACCGUAUUAAUAUGCCCGAUCCUCCGUCUCCAGAUGAUGUCCAAAAAAUCAUACUUCUUGAAAAUCUGCAAACACUUUCGAUAAUCAGAGAUUUCAAAUGUUGUGAAAAGCUAAUCAAAAGAAUCCCAAAUGUGAAGACGUUGCGAAAUGUUUGUCAAACAAUUGGAUCUAAUAAUUGCUUAAGAAAUAUUGGCCUUCUUCAUAAACUCGAAGAACUUUACCUGGAGUGUCCUCCUUGUGGUGGAAUAAUUGUCUUCCCAUGUUCACUUAAAAAUUUGAGCUUAAGUGGAUGCAAGAUUCCUUGGGAAGAUAUGUCCGUUGUUGGUUCUCUGCCCAACCUUGAAAGUCUCCAAUUGUGGAAAAAUGCUGCUGUAGGCCAAAAGUGGAUUCCAAAAGAAGGGGAAUUCGCUCGACUCAAGUACUUGUUGAUUCAUAAGUGUGAGUUGGAGAUAUGGGAAGCAGAAAAUACACAUUUCCCAUGUCUUGAGAUUCUACGUCUUGGAUACUUAAACCUUAAAGAGAUCCCAUCGGAUUUUGCCGAAAUAUUGCCAAUUCGAAGGAUUGACUUAGAUAAUAAUAGCACCAAUGACCUUUUGGUAUCUUCUGCAAAUGAAAUAUCAGAGCAGCGAGAGAACAUAGGAUACGAUAGUCUUCAAGUUCAAUAUAGUACGGUUGGAGCGCUCAUAACUUGGGUGAAGAGAGGUACUAAUCUUGUUGUUUGUGGCGGCGGUCACAUCGGAGUUAUUAUCACGAGUGGCAAUCAGAAGGUGGAGACUCGUGUUGCGACGAAGGAUGUUAAUCCUGAAUGGGAUGAGGACCUCACAAUUCUUAAUCCAAAUGAAAGUCAUCCAGUUUCUCUGAUAGUGUAUGACGACAACAAGUUGAGCGAUGAGAAGAUGGGAGAAGCAGAGUUUGAUAUUGGACCAUUGGUACAAGCAGCAAAGAUAAAUCCAAAUGGCCUUCCGAACGAUACAAUAGUCACACGAAUACUGCCUUCAAGCUCCAAUUGCCUUGCUAAAGAAAGUUCCAUUUUUUGGGAAGACGGGGUAGUAAAGCAGGACAUGCGCUUGAGACUGAAAAAUGUCGAAUGUGGAGAAAUAGAAAUUCAAAUCCGGUGGAUUUUUUAAUAGAAGGAGAUGUGCGCGAGGCAGCUUUGAAAAAAGCAUCUGUGACCCGAAAAAAGCUGCUAUGAAACAACUAGACAAUAGAGCAAUAUCACACAUGUUAGGUACAACCAGUGCAUGAAUUUUCCUUAGUUUAAAAGGUCAUCGAGAAAUCACGCCCCCGUUUAAGUAUUUUGUCUUAUAUCUUGGGCGGCUUUGCGAACAUUGAUUGUUCUCCCAUUCAUACUCUCCUUUUAAUUUCCAGCAUAUAUACAGCAUUUGGAUUCCAUGGGUGUAAUAUUCAGUCCUUACCUAGUUGAUAUUAUUCUUAGAAC